GUUCAGCAGUGCUGGUCGGCAGCACUUAAGUGUUGUCAUCGGUUGAGAUUUUAAAGAUGGCUGGGAGCAGUUCCUAUACCAUCGUGGAGUACUUCGGUGGGGAUGAUGGCUAUCGUUGUGGCUACUGCAAGAACCCUAUCGGCAACUUUUCCCACGGAAUGUGGUCCCACACCAUGACUGUACAAGACUACCAGGAUCUCAUCGACAGAGGAUGGAGAAGAAGUGGAAAAUAUGUCUAUAAGCCCAUAAUGCACAAGACAUGCUGUCCACAGUACACCAUCAGAUGUCAUGCACUGAAGUUCCAGCCUUCCAAGUCUCACAAAAAAGUCCUUAAGAAGAUGAGCAAGUUCAUUUCGAAAGGGGAGCUACCAAAAGAUGAAAUAGAUGGUGAACCAAUGGAGUCUGUGUGCGGGAACGCUUGUCACGUCGAGCCCCGAAUGGAUGGUCAGUCUGUGAAGUCCUGCGCUGCAAUACCAGAUAUCCAGAAUGAGACUGCUGAGUUUCCAGUGAAAGCAGAUGAGGCGACAAAUGACGUUGAAUCUUCUCCUGCUGGCACGGACUCACAAAGGAACGAGUCAGAGUCGCACCCCAGUAGACGGACAGCUCCAGCUCCUAAGCCAGGUGUGGGAGUCGAUCUGAACCGACCCCUGUGUAGAAAAGCCAAAGACCUGAGGAAAGAGCGCCGGCAGCAGAAAGAGCAGAAGAGGCAGCAGGCUGAAGGGGUGACGUCAGGUGUCAGCGCUGCUCCAGCUCCAUCUAAUCUGCCCAAAACAUUGGAAGAGUUCAUCAAAGAAAGCUUACCUGAGAACUCCUCACAUUCCCUCGAGGUGAGGUUAGUGCCAGUCGACUUUGAGGACCCUCAAUUCUCUGCGUCCUAUCAGGAGUCGGCAGAGCUGUAUGCUUGCUACCAGACGGCCAUUCAUGGUGACGACCCCAGCGAGUGUAGUGUCAGUGAGUUCCGGAGAUUUUUGUGUGAUUCACCACUCGAGGCUGAGUCGCCUCCUGAUGCCCCUGAGAUGGGCUACGGCUCCUUCCACCAGCAGUACUGGCUAGAUGGGCGCAUCAUAGCAGUGGGGGUCAUCGAUAUCUUGCCUACCUGUGUGUCUUCAGUUUACCUGUACUACCAUCCAGAAUUCUCCGCUCUGUCUCUGGGCUCUUACUCUGCUCUCAGGGAGAUCUCUUUCACCAGAGAGCUGCAGAAACAAUCACCAAAGUUGUCCUACUACUACCUGGGCUUCUACAUACACUCCUGUCCCAAGAUGCGUUACAAGGGUCAGUACCGGCCUUCGGACCUCCUUUGUCCUGAAACCUUCAUCUGGGUACCAAUUGAGCGCUGCCUACCCCAGCUGGAGAACUCUCGCUAUGCUCGCUUCAACCAGGACCCUGACGCAGGCGACGCCCGCGCGGUGAAGGACGUGGGCCGAGCCAUGGUGCUGUACAGGAGGACCGCCAUGCCCUACGCCGCCUACUCACGCAAACGCAAGGGCUCCAGCGAUGAGGUGGAGGUGAAGCAGUACGCCAGCUUGGUGGGCCAGAGCUGUGCCGAGAGGAUCCUGCUUUACAGAGCCUGAAUAAACCGAACCUCACCAGUGGACCUUUAACUCAACCUGCAUUCACUUCCCAGCAAUGAUCUGUCUGUCUGUCUUUAAAGUGCUCUCUGCUUUUGUCUGCUCUGUUUAGUUUGUGUGGCCGCUCUCUGAACAUAAGGACAUUUUGGUGCAAGUUUGAAGCGAUGAAAUUCUUAUUUACCUUUUUCAUGUGAAAUCAUUUUCAUGCUUUUAGUUGUCGGGGGCUGAGCCUUAUGGUUUUACUCAAAUGUCAUAGAGCAAAGUUUGCUUUUUUUCCUGUUCUAUUUAUAUGAUUGUCUACUUUUCUUUGUUAUUGGAAAAGACAUGGAAAUCAAAUAAAAAGCAGUUGUUUCCUUGUUUUGGA